AUUUUGCCACGGCACUGUAUCUUCGGUGUUGUGACCUGACUUGUCUUUAGUGGAACAGCAGACAAAUGAGCAGAGUGUCGAAGUGCGAGGGGAGGGAAUGAAAUUAUGGAAGAGCUCCAUUAAUGAGGCUCAGUAAUGGCUCCUCCUCCUGGGUCCCCCAACAUAAAGACUUUUUUCCUGUUUGACUUCUCAAAGCAAGGAGGACUGACUCUUCAUGGGGAAAGAUACACAGAUUCUGAAAAGAUGUGAAGAUGGCCUGAGAGAAAAUAAAACAAGUCCUACUGUGUAAAUGAAAGUACAGUUUGCGACAAUUUGAUAAAUACACUUCUGUGAAAUGUGAUCUGGCCUAGAGAACAAAGAAUGUUUUUGUGGAAAAACAGUGUUUAAUUUUUUCAAGCCUGACAUUUAAGCCCAUGAGUAAUGGGCAUUGAUUUCUGUGUACCCAGUAAUUCUGGACACUGGGUGGAGACGGGCAAUCAAAGAUAUGCCAAAAUGGUUUUAAGACGCGAAACUUUGUUUUGGUUUUAAGGAGUAACAUUUGCCAGGGGAUUGAUCUUAAAAUGUAAUAACAAGGCAAUCCUGGGAGAAAUGACUCACGAAGUUGGACUUGCCAACGGAUCCUCUGAGGAUGCUCUCACCAGCAACCAGACAACACGACACUUCCACUUGUCAGAAGGCCGGGUUAACGGCGACAGCCAGGGUCUCUUGUCCGAGAGCACAGCACCAGAUGGCUCUCUAAAGCCUGGCUCCCAGGCAGGAUUGAGUCAGGACCCGCCAGACAACGAUGGCGCGGCAGACCCGUCCGAGUUGAACAGACCGCGUUUGGCAAGCGUGCAUUUCCAGCACCGGAUGGGAGAUGACGCCACUUCCAGUUCGGCCAGCGUCUGGAAGGAUGGGGAGAGCUUGAGCAGUGAGGAGACCGUGGUGCAACAGCUCAUGCGCAAGAUCAGCCAUGUUGGCAACGGGGACGACGGUCCGAAAACUGCUGCCAGCUACACCAGUUUCCCCAGUGGCUUCCAGCAAAGGAACUACUACGAACACAGCAAGAAACUCACCGAUCUUGUCGAUGUCACAUACAACCCACGCACAAGACAGUUUAUCUUCCUCGAUACCAGAGGCAUUACAACAUGGGAUAAAGAUGGCAUUGAACACACUGUUAACCGGAGCCUGAGCUAUCCCAAAUAUGUGAACAAGCUUUUGAGGAACAUCAUUUAUGCCAGGAAGUACAACGUGUACUUCUGUCUUGCCAAAGAUUUUUCGCUCAAGGUAUUGAACAAGGACUUUGACGAAACCUGUAACGUUGCGUCCGAUCUCAGCUCGGUCAUGUUUCUCAUCUUCAACCCAGUCAGAGAUGAACUCAUCACUGGCGGCGUCAAGGGAACCAAGGUGUGGGAAUUCAAGCAAGUUACUGAUCAAGUGUGGACAGAAAUCAAACCCAUGGCCAACUACGGGCUUUUUCUGAAGAGAGAGCUGAGUGGGAUCAAAGGGGGCUGGAUCAGGAAGGUGGAGCUAGAGCAGCAUCUGCAGCACCUGUACUGCUGCUCAGACACCGACGUGCUGUGCUACAACACAGAGGGCAAGCCACUCUUCCGAUUGGUGGAUGCCCACAAGUCUCAGAUUAACGGCUGCAAGUAUUCGCCACUAGCAAGAGCGCUCAUUACGUGCUCCAAUGACUGUGAUGUGAAAGUCUGGAGUAUGACCGGGGGUCACAUCCACACGUUCAGAGGUCACUCUAGGUCAGUGACCGGGGUAGUCCUCCAUCCCGAGACGUCCACCCUAGUUCUGACCAGUUCCACUGACGGUACAGUCAGAAUGUGGUCACUGGACAUCAUGGAGCCCAUGUACACGAUUGUCAUGUCAACAGACGGCAUUGAGUGGAUCGGCUUGACGGGGGAGAAGUUCUUGUGGACAGCCACGCACCGCGACCUGGCAGUCUGGCACCUGAACCACGUGGUACAGUUCUACGCCCUGGCACGCUGCAGGGUCACCUCACUGCACGUCGCCGGCUGUGAAGGGAAGACGAGGAGGCUGGUCGCUGUGGGAGAGGACAGCAGUGUUCGUCUGAUUUCUAUGAGGGACCAGAAGAGCCUGUCGACAGUCCUCCCUCCACCCUCCAUCUCUCCUCUCCAGCAGGUGCUUGGGGUCACCUACAACCGGGAAUGCAGCACGGUGUUCCUGCUGAUCAACCCCAGAGAAAUCUGGGUCUACACAAUGAGGACGGACCCGGCUUGCCGCACCGCCGUGUGGGAUGUGGAGCGUCUGCAGGACAAAGUCAACCGUGGACGGUCUGCGGGAAGUCGGGCUACCUCCGCUGCUCCUACAACACCAAGGCUUCAGCCGGCCAGCAAAGGCCUUUCCUCGGUCCAGCUGGGGCACGCCCUGCCCACUUACCGGGCCACCUUGCAAGGCAGAGGGGUCAGCCAGACGCCAGCUCCCUGCACUUCCAUCACUACGGUCACCUCCACUGUCAUGUACUGGGCGGAUGAAGGAUUUGUCUGUCCCUUGAACCAUAACUUUCUGGUGCUGGGUUUGCAGGACGGCCGCAUUCUGUUCAUGGAUCCGAUAAAGUAUGGCCACCGUUACUGUGAAUUACAAGCCAGCAAAGAUGCAAUCAUCGACAUGGAGUAUGACCCAGCCCACAGUGCCCUCGUCGCCAAGAGCCACCUGCGAGACGAAGACGUGUAUCAGUUCUGGUCUUUGCCGAGCCUAGAGCUUCAGUAUUUGGUGGGGGUGCCCAGAGACGUGACUGGUGCUGCAAGACUGGGCUCCGGCUUACUGACUGGCCACUCCGAUGGGAGUUUGACACUGCAUCACCUGAAGCCUGCCACCGACAUAAUGGGCUAUUCCACUAAUGAUGGAGGGGAGGAGGCCACAGACAGCCGACGGAGGGACCACACUGCUCCUAUCAUAGCUGUGGACUCCUGUCCAAAUCUAGGCAUUUUUGUUUCUUGCAGUUCGGACGGCGCGGUCAAGGUGUGGGACCAAGACAAGCUGCUCUUGACGGAGAUCGCCCUGGACGAGGCCAUCAGCUGUGCACGGUUAAUCAACACCAGGGGUGACCUCAUGAUGGGGUAUUUGAACCACCUCUUUGUCAUAGACCACGCCAAAAUUUUACCCUCAUUGAGCAAGACCCGGUUUCCAGAUGAAAACCAUGAAACAGAGUCUGAGAUCUAUGAAGAUCCAGCAGUGCGCUACGAAGGGGCGGCAGCAAACCCUGAUCCAUUGGACUUGGACAAUUACUUGGUCCCGUACAAUCUAGAUUACAGCGAGCGCUUCCGAGGCGGUCGGGCGUCACCGUCAUCAUCCCAUGUCUCCUCAGGCCAGAGUGGCGAUGAGGGAUCCGACGGUGAGUUCUCCGUGGCGCCCACCGAGAUGUACAUGUCCCCUAACCUGACCCCAAGACGCCUCUCUGCCGUUGACCUCUUGACCUCUGGCAAGGAAGCGAGAAAAGAGGACAUCACAAGUAAAGUGAAAGCUCUUUCUCUGGCAAGAAAACGUCAGAGCAGAUCCAGCAGGUUAAACCUGACCCAAACCGACAAUGUGCAGCAGGACUUUGACAUGCCUGAGUUUGGCACCUCGCCAGGCCCGUCCCCUACCCCCUCGCCACCCUCGUCCCCCAGUGAAUUUGACGUCUCGGAGGAUGAGAGCGAAAUUGAAGAUGAUUCUGGAGAAGAGGCGGAGAAGGAAGGAGAAGAAAGCCAAGAUGAGAAAGCAGGCUCCAAGCUAAUAGUGAAGAUGUCAGUGUCCGAGUUGGAGGGCGUGAAGAGGAAAGAAGCCAAAGACAUCAAGGCAGGCGACAUCCGCCUCUCGGAUCUCAAACAGCCGCCCGAGGAAGUGUCCAAGUACAGCCUGUCUAGAAUGAAGAUUGAUGCCAAGUCACUGCUCAAGGAGAAGACGCCAGUUGCCAUACCCAAGCCCCUCAAGCUGGAGCGAACGUCGCAGCCUGUGAUGGCAACUGUAGCAGAAAUCAAGACAGCUGAAGACAAGGUCAAGAAACUGUCGGGACAGCAACGGAUGAAAGCGCCCGCCAAGAAGAAACUGAAGAAGGGGGACCGAGUGCGUGUGGGGGAGAGGGCGGCCGCCAACAGGGCCAAGCUUGCCGCCGAGCCAUCGUCAGAGGCUGUCAUUAGUGCACCCACGGCCCCCACUGCGGGAGACACAACCACGGCCACGAAGAUGACGGUGUCUCUUGAGAGCGGUGUUGCUGAGAAAGCGGAGAGCCGUGCUACCGAAAAAGUUGAGAGUGGCAUUACCAAAAAGGUGAGUUCAUCAUCAGCGAGCAGUGCAUCCAUCACAUUAACCCCAAAGGUGUCGGACCAAACCACAAAAGCCAAACAGAGAGUGUCCAUCCCAGGUUUGCCCAAGGUACCCAAGGAAACCAAGUCACAGCCCAUGGACAAGAAAGGCCCCAAGCCAACAGACAGAUCCGCCAGAGCCAGACCAGAGAGGGGGAGAACAAAGUCCAUCCUUGACGAUUGGAAGAAACCCAAAGCAUCAGCGUCAUCUGCAGCAGAGUUGAAUACAGGUGCUUCGGAUGAGGAGAUACAUAGAGCGAUGUCAGCGGGAACCAGUGGAAGCAGCGGGAGACCAGCAUCAUCGGUCCACGAUGUGGAUGUAGCCUCUGAUUUUGGAGAUGGUACCACUACUAUGUACAAAGCGGCCUACCGAAUGGCCAUCGCUAACAAGUACAACCCACUCAGAUCUAAAUCUCCUGGAGCCGGCCCCUCCCUGACAGAUACCCGGCAAGACACGAUCAUGCUGCCGGACCCCGAGGGUCUGGGGGAAGCCUCCGAGCUGGAAUCCCUGCGACCGGACAGUCGGUUCGAAGCCGUCCAGUCACGGAGCUCGGUGCAGUCAGCAUUGAGUCUGUCAAAGGGACGGAAGUCACAGAUGGAGGGACUGGAUUCUGACAUUGAGGCUGACCAGGAACCAAGCACCAGGGCUCCAUCCAGAAAUCAAAUCUCACCAGAGCAGGUGGCAGUCUCCUUGUCAGCUCAACCUGCCCUCACCCCACCCUCACGACCCAAGUCCCGCAUCACCCUACCUCCGCGGCCCAGUCGGCCUGCAGACGUCGUCCGAGACCACCACGCUAUGAGGGAUUCCAGACCCGAUGACAGGCAGACCAAGGGCAGUGAGGUCUUCAUACCGACCGUGCCGAUGGAGGAGCAGGUGCCCCUCCAGGAGGAGAUGGAAGGAAGACUGGCCAGGCCCAACACAGCCGAGGGGAGGGCAUCAUUGUCACAGCGCCCUCACACUGCUGGUGCCGCCCUUCAUGUGAACUUUGAGGAUGAGGCUCUCCUUGAUGGCUGUGAUACGCCCGUAGCCAAAUACUUGAGCUGCCCAGGGAGUCCUGUUGACCUGAGAAACAUUUACAGAAACGAUGGCCUCCACUUUGAGGAGAACUGGCAAGAGAAAAUGAUAGUCAGACACCACAUCCUAAGACAGCAAAAGGAGCAGCGAGCCCAGAGCGCCGCAGACCGACGACGACUCCUGGACCUCAGGAAACGACAGCGGAGGAAGGCUCUGCUGGGCCACCAUCACUGCACCGCGGAGGGGACUGAUGAAAUAUCACCCCAGGAAGUCUACGUCACUCGGUCAGACACCGCCGUGCACAAGACGCAGCGAUGUCAGAGUGCCCCCUCUGGACGCACGGUCCCGUCGUCACCACCAGUGCAACCGCGCCAGGCCUUUGGUCAGAGCAAGGAACCAGACCUCAGCUCUGAGAUGCCUUACAGGUUGAGAAUCAACCAGGCCCAACCACAGAGUGCAAACCCCAGACUUCACCCAGAGGACGUCUUUGAGGAAGUCGCACCCGACCCAUCUCAUCCUGGGUCACUGCUUCUCAAGAGGCCACAUAGCACCAAGUCCAUUCCUAGCAAAACAAGACGGUAUGUCUUGGUCACCAAGGUCCGAGAAGACCCAGAUAUUCCAGUUCCGACAGUGCUGGAAAGACAGCUCCUGAAGGACAGGUUCCCCCAGACCAGACGCAGACUAAAGCAGCUGCGAGAACUUCACCGGAGGGCCUCCAUUCCCAACAUGGAGUUGGUCAAUAUCUCCAGUGUGGGCGAUGGACCUUUCUCUUGAACAAAUUCAGCUGUCCAGAUACUCCAGGAUCCACUCGGGUCGGCGGGGGAAUUCCCUGCCAUAAGAUUGUCUGAGAGCGACAACAGGAAUCAACCUUGAGCUUAAAGGAGGGCUUCAAUGAUGAAGUCCAGAGUUGCUGACAACAUCUAUUGACUCUGAACAUUUUGGUAGAAUUAACUUUGAUUGAAUUUUUUUCUUGUCAAACAUUCUUUCCCAGGAUCAAAGUGAGUGCUAUAUUGGAAACGGAGUCAGUACUACUGUAAACAAGUUUUUUGAAACCAUGCAGCUGAUUGGUCAAUUCAAGGGAGAGAUUUGGUGCUUUCUGUAACAUUAAUUGAUAGCCCAUUGCACUGGCUAAGCUUGAUUUUUUUGUAACCAAAACCGUCCAGUCAUUGAUGGAGCUUUGUGGAAACUUGUGCUAAAUUUGAUUUCUCUCUUAAUUCAUCUUAUUAUGAUAAUGUUUUGAGAGAUCAAAAAAUGGUUUACACAUAGUUGCGUUUUAAAAAAGAGAACAAAACCUGCAGGGGCCAUUUUCAUAAAGCUGCUUAAGCACAAAAUUAGCUCAAACACGAGGAAACCUUGCUUGAUAAAUCAGGUAACUAGCCAAAACUCCAUGAGAUGACCCCAUGAGUCCAAAAUCGACUCCACACGUUUGCAUUGCGUUCAGCCAUCAAAAUCGCCCAAUAACGAUGCUGACGGAUAGGUAACGCUUGCCGCAAUUGUUGACGCGCAUAUGGAAAGAGGCCUUUAUACAUGUACAUACAUGUACAAGGCACUGUUUGGGAGUUUCUUCAAUCAAUCAACUGUAAGUCAAGCUCAACGCCUUGAUCAAGGUGACUUUUUCGCUUCGCCAAAUUUUCAUACAUACCUCAGACAGUCUCUCUAUUCAACUACGUGCAACUCGACCUUGUAGUAACAUUUGAUAAUGCCUGAUGAGAAGUGAUAAUGCCCGCUACGUAAAUCGCACGCUGGCACUUGGAUACAAGAUUCUGAUUGGUCAAAAGUCCGCAUGCACGUGCUCGCCACGCGCGCGCCAAUUGGACAAUUUUUCUCAAGGAAUAUUCCAUAAAAUGGACGGGGUGUUCGGGAAGCUGAAGAUGAAAUUCUUGAACAAAAUCGCAGGAAAUCUAUCAUAUAUUGACUUCUUUGGACUCUUGACUAAAACAUUAUCUAUGAAUGGAAAUGAUAAUGCCCCUAGCCGCAGGCGAGGGCCAUUAGUCGCGUCCAUUCUUCUGAGUGAAUUUUAAACGCACGUUUCAGACCGGCCAAUCUCAUAUUAAUUAUUCCCCUCUUAAUUGCAAAUUGUCUUCAGGAGAAAUGAGGUUCUUCAAAAGGAAAAUUUAGUUGUUGAUAUUGAAGAAAAUAUCAGUAAUUGACUUCGGUGGUAGUAUUUUGACAGACGUGUUGCUGUGAUCAGAUUUUUAAUUACAUGUAAUGAUGGUCUUUCAUUUAUACUGGCCUUAUGAGCCAAAUGGCUUGGAACAGAUUUGCCCUUUUUUUCCAUUUACUAUGCCCAGUCGCUAGCAAAGGUUUGUCAGUAAUGCAUAUGUUGUGCUGACUUGACUGAAUGGUAUCCUUCAACGUCUAUUCGUUUGUGAGCUGCAUUCGCGAAGAAAGCCUUAUUGUGUGUAGGAUAAAAUGGGUGGAGAGGGAAGAGUGCUUGUUAAAGGGCAUGCGGCUACAAUUUAGAUUGAGACUUGACAUCGACAACUAAACGGCUCCAAGAAAGCUAUACAUGUCAUAAAAUGCCAGAAGUGUGUUUCCAAAAAGAAAAGAAAAUGUAGCUUUUUAAAGAUAGAACUUUAAAAAAAUAGAGAGAUUCAGUCGUUGAAAGUGGAUUUAUUUUGGUUAAUGUAACUUAUCAGUAUUCCUCAGUCUAAUGCUGUGUGUAUAUAUAUUUUGAAAACAAAUAAAUGCCUUACAAAGGGGAAUUUGGUUUUGGA